UUUUGCCAGGUCAGAUGAUGUCAAGCCCAGUGUCGGAAAGAUUAGAUUUGAGAAAGCUGCUGAAGAAAACGUCUCCCACUGUCUUGUUGUAUCGGUUCGAGUCUGCAGUACUGGGAAUCGUGAGUAUGAGAAGACCUUCACACGAGCUCUAGCUGCAGCGAGCCGUACAUCACGACGUCGACCGCUGAGCUCCUCGAACUCGUCGCACGGAGUGGAGUCGAACGUUCAGCAACCGACUGUUCUGAUUCAGCGACACACCUAGACUGGAGAAGCAUCGGUCACUAGCAGCGGCCACGCCAUGGCGCGACACACUCUACACAUACUAGUUUUCGUUAUUUGUGCUUGCCUCAGCGUACCAUCAUCUGCCCAAGGUCCACCACCGGCGCCAUGUCCCAUCACACGGUAUGCAGGUGUUGGCUUCAAAAUGUUUCACCUGCGAGAGACAGGGCACCAGAUCGUACUGUAUUUCUGCUCCCGGCAACGGGAACUGCGUGGCCUGGGCUACCGAGUAUGUGAGAACGGAGAGUGGAGUGAUCUGGGACUCAAACCGCGCUGCGAAAACCCAAAUGACUGUCCAGUGUUUGCACCUGCCAGCAACGGUGCCUACAACAACACCGGUCCAUACCGCUUCAACGACGCCCUGAAGCUAGUGUGUGACCCGGGCUAUACGCUGCUGAAGCCACGCGUCGCCAAGUGCACCGUGACAGGCUGGAGCACCACAGCACUCGGCUCCUGCUCAAAGACGUGUCCAUCACCUCAGACCGGUGGAGGACUAGAGUUUAGUGCCAGUGACAGAGAAGUCGUGCCUGGCUCUUUUAACGUCGAUACGACCAUAGAGUUCCAGUGCAACGGACCUGGACUGAAAGUGAUCGGUCAGCGCAAAGCUUCUUGUCUGCCUAACGGCUCCUGGUCCCAGAAGCAGCCUUACUGCAAAGCACGUACGUGUCGCAUAGUCGUGCUGCUAGCCAAGUCCUCCAUCUACUCCAGCACCGGUCUUCAAAUAUCGCCAAACCAGACGAAAUACAAGUACGGCGAGACUGUCCGCAUAUCAUGCGAGUCUGAGAAUUCCGGACCGGAUCGGCGAUACCUGCAUCCGUCUGGAUCGACGCGUUUCAAGUGCAAUGCCGAUCCAACACGAAAUGGAAACUACCUGGCCUGGACUGAUCUGGGUGAUCUCAAAGUCAGCAAGGCCAGGAAAGUCGAAUGCAGACGAUACUGUUUGCGCGGUGCAAUCCGUAUCGAUGCAAGCACGGCCUCCAAGUUCACCUUCUCCUCGGCAAAGGGCCUGUUCAGGACCGGUGAGAAGCUGCGCGUUGGCUGCAAGAGCGGCCGGGAACUGUAUGCCAGGAACGCGGAGCUGAACAGCGACUCCGUCUCCUUCACGUGCACGCCUCGGUCUACCUGGGAGAACAACGCGAACCUGGAUCUGGCCACUCCGGUGGCUUGUAGAGCUACAUCGUGCCGGCGUCCUGCCAAUCUGCAUGCAUUGCUGGAUGUCGACGAAGGAGGUGGCGGUCCCAGGACCUUUUUCGGCAAUAACUUUUCCGUCCAUUUCUCGUGCGGCCGGCAUCGUCUGAUUGGCUCUCCAACCUCUACGUGUGUCCAGCGGGGCCUGGAGAUGGUCUGGGAGAAUGAAUGGCCAACGUGCCAAUGGCUGAGGCUCGAAUGUCCGGAUCUGCCUGCUGUCGCCAACGGUAGUUUUGUCUCCAGUGAGACGAUGCCGUAUCGAACAAACACGUACGUCGGCUUGCAGUGCGAGCGUUGCUUCAAGCCGAACAACAAAGUCCUGACACAGUGCAGGGAACAGGCCAAUGGGACAACGGCAUGGAUACCAGACACAAGCCGCACUCGAUGCAUCCGCAGGACGUGUGCCCGGCUCCAACGUGAUGCAAACGUUCAGACAUGGCUCACCGGCGCUGCGAGCAUGAUGGACUGCGGCGCGACCGUGCGGUUUUCCUGCGCCGCUGGGUUCUCGCUGCUGGGUGUCAGCGAGGUGGAAUGUUUACCGACCGGAGAGUGGUCCGACUGCGCACCGCGGUGUGUACAAACAACGUGCCCAAACCGUGGUGGCAUUGAUAGUAUCCGAAGAGUGUGUAAAAGGCAUAGUGUGUGCCAUCCCCUCAGCGGCCUCUGUGAGUGUGUAGCACCGCAUCGGUGUCCGACUUGUGGAGUGAAAAAACCGGUCUGCAGCCAAUUUGCCGCGACCUACUCUAGCCGGUGUCACCUUCGCGCAGCAGACUGUGUGGAUAACUUCUCUGGUCGUGAGCCAGUGAGCAGUGGUCAAUGUCCGCGAGCUGGUAUUUGUAAUCAAGCCAAGCCCAGUGCUCCUGAAGGCAGUGGCUGCUUUGCCCAGUAUUCCAGGUGGUUCUAUAACGCCGAGACUGGCGCAUGCGAGAGUUACCUCCACGGCUCCUGCUUUGUCGGAGACAACUCCUUCCUCAACAAGGUCGCCUGCUUGGAGCGAUGCUUUCGAGCUUCAGAACCUUGUGAGCAGACGCCAUAUCAAGCUGGUCCCUGUUUUCGGUUCUCUGAGAGACGCUACUCUUACGAUAAGCUAACAUCAAGCUGUGUGGUGUUCAUGUACGGUGGAUGUGGCGGCAACGAGAACAACUUUCCUGACAUGGCGAGAUGCGAAAGAAUAUGCAAGCGGAAUGCUGACGGACAAUUACCCCCAAAGUCGCCGUGCAGCGGUAAAGCCUGCCGGAAAACGGAAAUGUAUGAAGCGUGUCCGGUGAACAGUCCCAACGUGUAUGCCAUUGCAGCGCGAGUCGUGACUGAUCAUCCGGCACAGGCACCACCGAACACGACCCUGUUCUCGGCGAUACCGCAGGCCGUGCUGCACAAGCCCGAGGGCAUGGAGAUCACCACCAGCUUUGUCUACCAUCCCAUGGUGCGCGUGGACGGCGGCGACAAGCAGUGUGGCUGCCCGGACCUGUAUGGCAACACGUUUGUCUUCGUAGGACAAGCGCAGACGGAUGACCAGGGCCUGGUCUACUUCAUCGUGGACGAGAAUACGUUCGUGGAGCAGUACAGCACUCUAGACGUGCGGGCACUCAGGGAACGUCUCUACAAUGCUUGCCCUCACUUGCGCUACGAAGCGCAGCGAGGAUGAGCGCAGCGGGAAGCAGUGAUGUUGAGACAAAUAGCCACACAUUGAUUCUGAUGGAUCGAAAACAAACUACUGUACAUGUAUGGUUUACAUGUAUGGUUGUAGCUGGCAGUGACUUCCAGUAAAUUUUAACUUGCAGCAGUUAUCGCCCGGCAGGAAUGUAUUCUAUUAGACUUCCAGAACUCACAAGCAGACAGUCAUGUACAUGUAUACGGUGCAUCGUUAAUAGCAUAGGCUCAUGAAAAAUAUUUCAACUUCACAAAAUUUAGUAUGGACCAUAUACAUUGAAAAAACCUUUGGUCCUUUAUUGUUUUUUAAUUUUAUGGCUCUCUAUCCGAGGCCAGAUUUCACGAAUAAGUUUUCCUCUUUUUCUCUUCUGUACAUUUUCAUCUCUACUGCUGCUAUUCGUGCAGUUGUGGAAAGUGAAAUCCGGAGCAACAUGCACUUUCAGCAAUACA